UUUUCCCAGGAAAAAAUCUUCCCCCAAUUCCCCCCCCACGCCUCUCCGAUCCCUAAUUCUGAAUCUCGAAUUCGGCAAUAUUCAAUGGAGAUCGCUGUAAUUUCCGACGCAAUUUCAUCGAUAGCGUACUCGACACAGUCGUUAGGCUUCUCGAAUUUCCUCCUCAAUCGUCCCCACAGCGUGCUUUCCGUCGCCGACACGUCAUCCGAUCAGCAGCCACAAUCGCCGCCGCCUUUCAACGUCUUCGCCGCAUCUCCGCCAUCCACCAGAACCCUAACCAAACCACGCAUCCGCAAAACCCGCCGCGUCAAGCGGAAGAUCCUAGCUGAUGACGCCGGCGGCGGCGGCGAAGGGAAUGGAUCCUUUGCUUUCACCGACGGAGGCAAUUUCAGCGGCGGCGAUGGAUACUUCGGUAGCGGCGGUGGGGGUGGGGGUGGGGGUGGGGGUAAGGGGUGGAACUUCGGCGGCUAUGGAGGGUCAAAUUGGGAAGAAUUUUCCGAUAAUUCGAUAUCCGAUCCUGCCUUCGAUUUUGUUUACGAGAUUCUUUGCUGGAUCGCCAUGUCGAACUGCUUGCAUUUUGCUUACAAGAAGGUGGUGAGGUUUGUCGAAGAUGGAUUCGGUGAUCGGGGAAAGGUCCCAAUGCAAUUGACUACAGUCUGCUGAAUGGUAAUCGAUAAUCGGUAAAAAAUCGAUCUUUCCUAAAUAAUAUUUGAUUAAAGCUAGUGCUUUCCGGUUGUUUUUAGCUUUGUAACUUACGUAAAUAAUAUCUGUAUAUACUUGAUGCUUGUAUGAAUAAUGAAAUUAAUUCCUUGUAUUAAUUGAUUCAUGUACCAUGCAACUCGAUGCGUUUUAAU